AUAAUCUUUCUAUGUACAUGUAAUUCUACAGGGCACUUGCUUAUAUGCAUCACGAUGGAUUGUACUACCUAUCCAGGGUCCGUGGUUUCGCAAGGCUUAAAGAUCUAAAAUUUCUGGGGCCUUGCAUCGAACACAUUCCAUUGGUUCCACUAUCACAACCGUCAAACAAUGGUGUCGCGAGCUGAUGGUGGAAGCAAGAAAAGAAAAGUCAACACAAAGCCAUGAGAGUGCCUCCUUUCGCGAAGACCAUCUCCCCACUAACCGUCUCCACUCUCAUCAAAUCCCUACAUUCCUUGGCGGCCAACCCACCACCCCUUCCUUCUUGCAAAGACUUCGAUUCCUACGCCUCGCUCCUCCGCCGCUGCGCAGCAGAGAAGUCCAUCGUAGAUGCCAGACGUGUUCACCUCCACAUGAAGAAGGCCGGCUUCCCCUAUCUCAGUCUCGGCAACAAGCUCGUUGAUGCUUAUUUGAAGUGCGGAGCCAUCGACGAUGCCCGGGAGGUCUUUGAUGAAAUGCCUAAGCCGCAUAUUGUGCUGUGGAACGCCAUGAUAUCAUCCUACACUCGCUGCCGGAGGAGCAAAGAAGCUAUCUUUUUGUUCCAGGGGUUGCUUUCGGAGGGCGUUGCGGCUGAUGAGUUCACCUUCUCGAGCAUCCUUAGAGCAUUUUCUAAUUUACAUCUCAUUGCAGAAGGCCGGGGAGCUCAUGGGCGGCUUGUGGUUUUGGGUUUGGAGGCUAUGAACGCUUUUGUCGGCAGUGCAUUGAUUGAUAUGUAUGCAAAGUUUGGGAGAUUGAGGGAUGCCCGAGCUGCCUAUGAUCGAAUUAGUGAUAAAGAUGUGGUCUUGGUGACGGCCUUGGUUGUUGGCUACACUCAAAAUGCGGAGGAUGGUGAGGCAAUUUGUCUUUUCAGAGAUAUGGUUAAUAGUGGAAUUAAACCAAAUGAAUUCACAUUUGCUAGUGUUUUAAUAGCAUGUGGAAAUCUCAGGGAGUUGAGGAAGGGAAUGGUGAUCCAUGGUGUCUGUGCUAAAUCUGGGUUUGAGACAGGAAAUUCAUCACAGACUUCGCUUCUAAGUAUGUAUUCCAAGUGUGGCCAUAUAGACGACUCUCUGGAGGUAUUCAAGCAGAUUGUGAAUCCGAAUGUUGUAACUUGGACAGCUAUAAUUGGAUGUUUGGUGUGUAAUCAAAGGGAAGAGCUUGCUCUUUCGAUGUUUCGCAGCAUGGUUCGUGAUUCUGUCUGCCUUAAUGCAUUUGCCUUGUCAACAGUUCUCCAAGGGUGCUCAGCUCUUGCAUUGUUUGAACAAGGAAAGCUGAUCCAUGCCUGUGCUAUAAAGAUUGGGUUGGAUACAGAUAGUUUCGUUGGUUCCAUGUUAGUUGAUACAUAUGGAAAGUGUGGACGUGUUGGAAUGGCUAAACUGGUUUUUGAUAGUCUGCCAGGAUUUGAUUUGGUUUUGAUGAACUCUAUGAUCAAUGCUUAUGCACAGAAUGGCCACGGGCUGGAAGCAGUUGGAUUGUUUGAUCUAAUGCAGGACUUGGGAUUGGAACCAGAUGAUGCAACAUUAACCAGCGCCCUUGCUGCUUGCAGUAAUGCUGGACUAGUCGAUGAAGGCCGUCGAAUAUUUUCUUUCAUCAAAAAUAAGUAUAGCUUCGGGCCAUCUAAUGAUCAUUAUGCCUGCAUGGUCGACCUGCUUGGACGUGCUGGAGGGCUGAAAGAGGCUGAAGAACUAAUAACUAAUAUUAAGAAGCCUGAUAAAGUUUUGUGGAGGACAUUACUAGGUGCAUGCAAAAUACAUGGUGAGGUAGAGAUGGCUAAGACGGCAGCAAGAAAAGUACUUGAGCUUGAUCCAAGUGAUGCCGGAACUUAUAUUCUAUUAUCAAACAUUUAUGCAUCUUUAGGUCAAUGGAAUGAGGUUAUUAGCAUGAAGUCUGAAAUGAGGUACAUGAAAUUGAAGAAAGGCCCAGCAAUGAGCUGGAUCAAGGUUGAUAGAGAGGUCCACACAUUCAUGGCUGGAGAUAAGUCCCAUCCACAGGCGGAAGAGAUAUACAAGGAGUUGGAAAGGUUGAUAGAGAGGACCAAGGGUUUGGGCUAUGUUCCAGAUACAAAGUUUGUGCUGCAAGAAUUGGAUGAACUGGAGAAGGAGAGAUCUCUAUAUUACCACAGUGAGAAGUUGGCGGUUGCCUUUGGUGUCUUGAGGGUCAAGGGCCAGGGGAACACAUCUAUCACAAUUUUCAAGAACCUUAGGUUCUGUGGUGAUUGUCAUGCUUGGAUAAAGUUGGUAUCUAAAGAUCUGGGGAAAGAGAUCAUUGCCAGAGAUGCUAAGAGAUUCCAUCAUUUUAGAGAUGGAUUAUGUUCCUGUCAAGAUUACUGGUGAUGGAAAUUAAAAGAAUAACAACAUAUAGUUCUUUCUUGUCU